AUGCCGGAGAUGAAAAAACACGUUGUAGCCUUAGCAUUCCCAUUCGGCAGCCAUGCAGCGCCACUCCUGAGACUCGUCAAUAGAAUCGCCACCACAGCCCCGCAAGUGAAGUUCUCCUUCUUCAGCACAUCUACAUCCAAUCGCUCCAUCUUUUCUGAUUCCACUAACCAGGUGAAUAUAAACAUAAAGCCCUACGACGUGGCAGACGGCUUGCCAGAGGGCUACACGACUACCCAGAGCCCGAUUGAGGCGAUUGGGAUGUUUCUACAUGCCACGCCAGGGAACUUUAGGAGAGUUAUGGAAGUGGCGGUGGCGGAGACAGGGAGGAAGAUCAGUUGCGUAAUGAGUGAUGCAUUUUUUUGUUUUGCUGGGAAGAUGGCUGAGGAAAUGGGUGUUCCUUGGGUUCCGCUUUGGACGGCUGGACCUCGCUCCCUUCUUGCCCACGUUUACACUGAGCUCAUCCAGCAAAGACUAGGAACAAAUGUGUGUGGAGACCAAACCCUUGAUUUUGUUCCAGGAUUUUCCACAUUGCGUGUAGACGAUUUGCCUGAGGGGGUAAUAAUGUUGGGAAAAUUGGAGACACCAUUUUCAAAAAUGUUAUACAAUAUGGGAUUAACGUUGCCACAAGCAACUGCGGUUGCCAUAAACUCCUAUGAAGAGGUAGACCCCGAUGCCGUGACUGAGCUUAAGUCGAAGUUUCUAAAGUUCCUCAACGUUGGUCCCUUCCCACUAACAUCCCCACCACAAUUCAAUGCUGCUGAUGAGCAUGGCUGCCUGAAGUGGUUGGACAAGCAUCAGGCGGCAUCUGUGGCGUACAUCAGCUUUGGAAGCAUGAUGACACCUCCGCCGCAAGAGCUAGCAGCACUGGCAGAUGCACUACACGCAACUGGGUUUCCAUUUCUUUGGUCAUUUAAAGACCUUGCAAAGGAAAACUUGCCGAAUGGGUUUCAGGAAAGGACAAGUAAAAAUGGAAAACUUGUUCCAUGGGCUCCCCAAUUGCUUGUCUUGCGACAUCGUUCUGUCGGAGUGUUUGUGACGCAUUGUGGAUGGAACUCGAUUUUGGAAACUAUCAUUGCCGGCGUGCCAAUGAUUUGCAGGCCAUUUUUUGGAGACCAGAAGCUAAACUCGAAGAUCAUAGAGCUGGUGUGGGGCAUUGGUGUGGGGAUUGAGGGUGGGGUUUUCACUAAAGAGGGAGUAGUGAAGGCAUUGGAGCUAACUUUGUCAAGUGAACAAGGGAAGAAAAUGAGAGGGAAAGUUGAAACCCUCAAAGAGCCUGCCAUGAAAGCUGUUCUGCCUAAUGGCAGCUCUAAUGAAAAUUUCAAGACUCUGAUUCAGAUAGUCACCAAGUGA